AUGCGCGUCGUUCGCUCUCGCAGGAAUAGACGACUCCCUAUUUCUCGUCUUCCGACCGAGAUUCUUGUGAUGAUCUUCAAACACUUUGAAGAAGAGAAGCGUUUCGAUGGAUCUGCGAGCGAUGAUGUCCCCGCUUGUCUACCCUUAACACACGUCUGCAAAGACUGGCGCACAAUCGCACUCCAGUGCCCAGCUCUCUGGACAUCCAUCCAUUCAUCCUCUCCUCGUUGGCUAGGCAUCAUGUUUGAGAGGUCGCAGAACCUUCCUUUGGUUGUCACGUACAAAUCACCGGUCUCGCUACCAGAUUGUUUGGAGCUAGUCCUUUCACACCUACCUCGAAUCAAAGUUCUCCGAUUUCGCUCAUUCCAACCUGACUGCGAUCGCAUUAUUCAAUUGUUGUCAUCGCAACCCGCACCAUUGCUUGAAAUAUUCGAUUUCUCCAAGCCGCUCGAGAUGUGGCCCGAAACCACACACAUGACCGGCACAAUCUUUCAAGGACAGGCACCUCGACUUCGGAGUGUUGAACUGACGAGUUUUGACUUAAGCUGGUCAGCGCAUAUCUUCAGCGGGCUUCAAACUCUAUCUGUCAGGGGAACAAAAGAGAUAUCCUUCCCUACCCUGCCGCAGCUCCUGUCAGUUUUGGGACGUAUGCCUGCAUUGGAGCACCUUACGCUUGAGCGGCUUCUCAUAAUUCCCGAGGGAACGAAGCUCCUCGAAAAAGUGCCACUUGCUCGGUUGAAGAGUAUCACGCUAGGUUCCCCCACGAUUCGAACUGCCAUCUCUCUCUUCGCGCAACUAGCAUUUCCCGUCGACGCCAAGAUCGCGCUAAGUCUCAGAGACGUUCAAGGCCUUCAAGACAUUUCUGAUCUGUUUUCGGCUAUGGGCAUGCAUCCUGGUGGAUCUAGUUCCAUCAUUCGGUCCAUGCGUGCCUUCCGCCAUACGCUACGAUCUUUUUGUGUCCAGUUCAGUACGUCGACGGCAAUGAAUCAUACAAAUUGCUGGAAUCCCGAUGACGAUGACAUACGACUAUCGCUUCAAUUUAUGUACCACUAUAACAUAAUCACGAACCCCGACCCGAGCACCAUAUUUGAUAUCCGUCAGAUGGUCACGCAGGACAGGAUUCAAACACUCUUUUUGUCAAAGUUUGAUCUUACAGGAAAAGAUUUCUGGGGCGCUGGGUCCGUCUGCCUCCCGGACCUCGAAGUUAUGCAUAUGAAGGGCAUCUGGGUUGAAGACUUGAUCGAUGCACUCAAGAUCACCAAAGGGGAUAUUCCAUAUCCCUCCCUCAGGGUUCUGGACCUCGAAGAUGGCUGCUUUUUGACCGGGUACGAAGGGGAACAUGAAGAAACGCUGCAGGAUGUCAUGAAAACACGGGCCGAACGUGGUGUCGGCAUACACACGCUCCGACUUGUUGAGUCCAGAGAAUUACUGGCUGAUCAAGUGCAAGGUUUUAGGGAAGUGGUUGCGACUGUGGAUUGGGAUGAAUUUGUAGAGCCCGAUGACGAUGAAGAUGAAGCAGGAUCUAUCAACUCAGAGGAGGUGCGAUUGGAGAAUGAAGCACGAGAGAAUAGGGUCUGGUGGUUUGAUGAUCCAGACAUGGACCGGCGUCAAGUCUAG